UAUGUAUAUAGUACUCCUUAUUGCAUACUUGUCCACUGAAAAGUACCAAACCUAUAUUAUCAUUGUAGUAGAUUAUUAUCAUGUCUAUCUCCAUGAUAUAUUACUCUUGUGUAUCAUAUGUCUAUUUCACAGAUGAGUAGACAACUUGUCCGUCUUAUUUGAUGAUACCUCUACAGUUUACAAGGGAGAUAGACAUAUGCAUAUAUGAGUAAUAUUUGUGAUGUCCGUAUAUACUCCAAUAUAUAUAUUUUUUAUGUGAUGAUCAGAUGGGAUGGGAGACACUUGUCACUCAUCCAAUGCUCCUCUUUGGUUAUAAAUAUAGAGAGUUACUUUCACUCUUGCUCACAUUUGUUGGAGCUCUUGGUGAAGUGAGACUUGGAGUUUUAGAAGGAGGCUUUCAAGAGGUAGGAUUGGCCUUCCAUUUAGUUGGGUGUGUGGGCAGGCGCCAGGGAGAGUUGAUCAAGUUCUUCGAAUUGCGGAGGAGGAGCGCUAUUGGAACGUUCUAUUGUCUGAUUCUUCUCUUCGAGACAGCACUUUGUGGGAUCACGUUCCCCGUCAACCCGAAGGUAUAUCUCAUCCUAAGAAUCGUGCUAAGUCUCAAGUUACUAUACUCCAAAGAAGUUUGGAGAUUUUGGGAUGCGAACCUUUAUUUCUACCUGAAUUGACAUCAGACGGACGAGAUUUUGCAGAUCGAUUCAUGGCCCAAUCUUCUUUCACUCUUCCUCUGGCUGGUGACGGUGCUAUGGAACG